AUGUCGUAUGCCACAGCAGCGGAGCAGCUCUUGAGCAUACGCGACAAGAGCGUGAACGAGAAGCUCGACUAUGUCCUCGACUACAUUGCCAUCACCGACCUAGUGCAGCGGUACGGUCAAGCAACCGAUACGCGCGACUUCAGACUACUCCGAAGCUGCUAUGAUCGAGACAUCGAAGUUGAUCACACACCAAGUAUAGGAGGCGGACUCUUUCGCAUCUCAGCCGAUGAGUGGUGUCGUCUCGCCGAUAAGUUCCAUUCUCAACUAGAUGGCGACGAGCAUAUUAUGAUCCUUCUGAGUGUGGUGCUCAGUGGAGAUAAUACUGCUUCUUGUCACGUGCUCAUGCAUGCUAGUCAUUACUACCGGAAGGCGAAUGGGUCGCCGUAUCAGACGAUAGCUGGCACGUAUGACAUGGAGUUUCGGCGGACCGGAGCAGGCUGGAAGAUUGCCAAGUCAGUUCAGAAGCUGCAUUUCGCGAAGGGAAACUGGCAAUUUCACGAAGAGAUCAAGAACUCGCUCGGCAAUCUGGGCGGUGCUUGA